GAUAUUUUUAGAACGUGAAUACGGCGUUGACGUAGUUAGCUGACAGACCAAUGAUAAUGCGAGUUCCAACAAAGGGAUGGAAUAAUUUUUUUUUUUUUAAAGGCCCUAGGGCGGUGACUUAGUUCGAUUGACAGACCAAUAAUAAUGCGAGAUGCAAGGGCGGUAUUUUGGCGGGAAUAUGUAUUAAUAUUUGAUAGAAGAGGGGGUUUCAUUAAUACAUUUCUUUAAUUGUUAGGGUUUUGAAUUAGAGGGUUUGGAUUGAGAAGAGAGAUGGAGAAGCGCCGGAGAGUGGGGGGAGAAGAUGGCAAUCGGGGUGUGGAAGAGAACACGAUGGCGAUUCUUGAUACUUUCGGUUUCAGUAGUUCUACAAUUGCUCACCACCUCAACGAUGAUCGGCUUGCUUAUUUGGAAGCUGUUCGAACUGCUUGUCUUCUUCCAGAUAGCGGAAGCUCGCCCACUCCAAAAAUGUUAGAGGCCAUUUUUCAUAUCAUGAUGGAUGCAGAUUCACUUGACUUAAUAAUGGAAAGCUACCAGCUCUUUGUCGAACUAGAUAAGUGCUUUCCUCGGGUUUACCUAUCCAAAGAAGAAGAACCAGUUUCAUCUUCACCAACAAGCAUGCUCUCUGAAUUAGUCGUGGUUGAAGAGUCUUGGAUACCAUUCAAUUUUGCAUCGGACAACAACCAUGGAAAAGCUACAAAUCAUUCUGGAACCUUGGUGGAUUCUGUGGGUUUCCAUACUCAUGUACAAGAGAUUGCCAAGGUAGCUAGGGAGAUGGGUUCUAAUGCUGUUGAAACAGUGUUCUUGAAGAAUAUGAUACUUCUUCAAUAUCUUAUCAUUGUUCUGGAAAGAGAUUUUUGUCCUCGUAAUUUUGCAUAUCAAGAAAAUAAGAACUGGGUCAUUGUAAGGGAAUCAACACUGAAUUUGCUUCUGGGUUCAAGGAAAAUAAAUUAUAAAGUAUUAAUGAAAGACUGUUUGUCACUCAUGUGUGACCUGUCUGAAUUAACUGUGUCUGGAGAAACUAGCAACCAUGAUAACAGUUUGGAGGAAAUAUCACACGAAUCAAAUGGUGCUGUGCUGUUAGCUUUACCUGAAGUGAAAAAGUCUACAUGCAUGGCCCUGAAGAAACUUUUUGUGUUGACUAUGGAGCUAGAUUCAUCACGGAGAAUUGCUGAUCAGCAAGGCCUCAUCACAAGGGCAGAUGGUGUAAGGACUCCAGUGAUGGAGAUAAUUUUGGAUGAACUCAUUUACAACAAUGAUACACUUCUUCCAUUUCUUCAGGUUUUCGAUCCAAAGUGGAAGCUUCAAAUUAUUACACAGUAUUUCCAGAAGUAUAUUCCUAAGUCUUCUGUUCAAACUAGGAGAUCGAGUGAGGUGAUCAAUACAGAGAAUUUCAGUGGAAUUUUGAAGUGUUUAUCAAACAGAAACACAACAAAAAAUGUCAUUAAAAAGAUUAUCCCCGAGAUAGUUCAAUUGCUCUUGGCUUAUGGUCUGCAGGCCUAUUUGGUGCUAUCCAAUGAGCAUCUGUUGGAAGGCCUGCCAGAUUCAAUGGAAGAUGUCAAAAGCAAAAGUGACAAUGUAGCAAAUAUCUGCAAAAAUCUGAUCUCCGCUUUCACUUGUCUCAGGCAAGAAGACAGGCUAUCCUCAUUUUCUUCCCAUGCCAAAGAAGCACUGGUCACGGCUGCCGUUGUCCUCUCAUCGAAAUCCUAAAGGAAUUAGUUGUUAUCAUUAAAUUUCCAGGUAUGGUGAUAAAUUGAUAAUGUUGAUGUGCAUAUAGUUACAUCCAAAUGGUAAUUGAACUCGUAUUAUGUGAUGAUGAUUCUGGUUUAGCAGAAAGAUUUAUCAUAUAUUGCAUAUCCUUUAGUCAUGAUACUCAAAUUUUGAGUAAUGUAGGCCCCAAUAAAUAUUUUGUGUAUUAUAUAUGAGCAUGUUAUGUUCUCUCUUUUU